AGAGCGGCGGAGCAGCGCCAUGGAGCCGUACGGGAUGUUCGCCCUCCUCCUCCUUCUCCCCCUCCUCUUCGUCGUCCUCGCCGUGUAUCGCUGGGUUCAGUCCCGCGGCCCCAACCCCUUCGCUGUCGAUACCCGGCGCCCGCCGGCCCCGCUGAUCACCGAUAAGGCGGUUCGUCGGACGGUGCUGAAAGCAGUUUUCUCCCCAGAAAAAGUCCCGGAGAAGCUCGACGCCAUCGUCAUCGGCAGCGGCAUUGGGGGGCUGGCGGUGGCCGUGCUGCUGGCCAAGGUGGGCCGGCGGGUGCUGGUGCUGGAGCAGCACGGCAGGCUGGGGGGCUGCUGCCACGCGUUCAGCGAGAAGGGCUUCGAGUUCGACACCGGGAUCCACUAUGUGGGGCAGCUGCACGACGGCUCGCUGUGGCGCUUCCUGGUGGACCAACUGACGGAUGGGCAGCUGGAGUGGGCCCCUAUGCCUCCCACCUUCGACGCCGUGGUGCUGGGAGAGCCCGGCCGUGACAAAGCUGUCCGCCUCUGCACCGGGACCAGGGGUUACUUCGACAAGCUGAAGGAGCAGUUCCCUGGUGAGGAAGCCGCCAUCGAUGAGUUCAAGCGGCUGGUGAAGAGCGUCACCACGGGGCUCUGGGCUCUGGGCCUGCUGAAGAUGCUGCCACUGCCGCUGGUGCGGCUGUUGAGCCGCUCGGGGCUGCUGUCACUGCUCAGCCCCUUCUGCCGGAUGACCUCACGCAGCGUGAAGGAUGUGGUCGACGGCCUCACCACCAACGCCAAGCUCAGGGCCUUGUUCAGCUACAUCUUCCCCACCUACGGUGUGCUGCCCUCCAAGGCCAGCUUCUCCCUGCACAGCAUCCUGGUGCAGCACUACCUGUGGGGUGCCUGGUACCCCAAGGGCGGUUCGGGGGAGAUCGUCUUCCGCACCAUCCCCAUCAUCCAGAAGGCCGGCGGCAACGUGCUGGGCCGGGCGCCGGUGCAGAGCAUCCUGCUGGACUCCCGGGGCAGAGCCUGUGGUGUGAGCGUCAAGAAGGGCCAGGAUGUGGUGAACAUCUUCGCUCCCAUCAUCGUCUCGGAUGCGGGGAUAUUCAACACCUACGAGCGGCUGCUGCCGCCUGAGGCGCGCGCUUUGCCUGAGAUUCAGUCCCGGCUGCGCAUGGCAACUCAUGGCGAAGGCGGCUUCUCCGUAUUCGUGGGGCUCAGAGGCUCAAGCCAGGAGCUGGGGCUGGAAGCCACCAACUACUACAUCUACGCAGACGACAACCUGGACCAAAUAAUGCGGCGCUACUACAACAGCUCCCGCGACGAGGCGGCCGCCAACAUCCCCCUGCUGUUCGUCACCAGCCCGUCUGCCAAAGACCCCACGUGGGACACGCGGUACCCAGGUAAAAGCACGUUGUCCAUCAUCACCAUGGCCAAGUACGAGUGGUUCGAGGAGUGGAAGGACAAGCCAGUCCAUAAGCGGGGAGACGCUUACGAGGACGUAAAGAAGACCUUUGUGGACGCCAUCAUGCAGACCAUCUUCAAACUGUACCCCCACAUCGAGGACAAGGUCGAGUAUGUCUCGGGGGGGACACCGCUGACCAACCAGCACUACAUCGCCAGCCCCCGCGGGGAGUUCUACGGCAUGGACCACGACAUGGCGCGCACGCAGAUUGAAGCCAUCGCCACCGCACGGCCGCAGACUGCUGUCCCCAACCUCUACCUGACGGGGCAGGAUGUGGCCGUGUGUGGCUUCGCCGGAGCGCUUCAGGGAGCCUUCCUCUGCACCAGUGCCAUCCUCAAGCGCAACAUCUACCUGGAUGCCAUGCAGCUGCGGAAGCGUGUGCAGGGCUCCAACGGCAAGAAGAAGAACUGAGGCCGGGUCCCACCUCCGGGACCCCCUCCCCUCCCCGAUGGCUUGCUUGCAUAGCUAGCAUCCUUCCCUGAUGGCUCUGCGGGAUCAACGCGGCCGUGAAGCCGUUCCCGCUCCCAGCUGGGUCCCAUCCCAGCGCAGCUUAUCUUCCCGCACCACCACGCACGCUGCUACCUCCUCCCCACUGCCUGUUUGAAGGGAAAAACCCUUUUUCCAGCACAAGGAAGAGAAGAUUGUGAUCCUAUACAACCGCAGCACCACCUAGCACUGCUGGAUGCCUUCCACUGUCAGAGACGCUUGGGCCGCCGGAGGAGCAUCCAGCUCUGUGGGCACCGCCUGGCAGAGGGCAGCACGCCCCACACCGCUGCUUCUCCCCUUACAGGCAGCAGCUUUGGGCUGAAUGAGGCUGGGAAAGCUCCACAUGGAGCCGGUGUCCCCGGGGCGGUGGAGGCUGAGCAAUGAGCCCCUCCCUGUGCGCACAGAGCCAUCCGCGGAGCGACGGACCGGUUUUCCAUCAGCCCCAUUUACUGUCAGCCCUGCACAGUGCUGGAUGCACAACGCACAUCAACCCCAGUGCAGUGUGGGGAAGGAGAGGCUCUGGGCUGCGUGCCCGUGCCAAAGAGCCCGGCUCCAGGCUGAGCUCAGCGGGGCAGCAGGCGAAGUGCUGUCGUGUACCAGGAUGGGUUGCUCUCAGGGUGGAUUGACUUAAGGUGAUGUAAAGCUGCUCGGGGGCAACAGCGGUGCUUCCAGAUGGGAUCUCACCACGAAUGCGGCCCCACCGUGCUGUGGGGCUGUCGGUUCUGCCCUGAGCAGAUGAUGUGUGUGUUUCUGUCAGCUGGGAAAUGUUCUGGAGCGCAGCCAAAGCCUUCAGCACUGCCCUGGUGCUGGGAAGGGCGAGAAGGCGAGAAAUAAAACAGCCUUGUGAUGGGAA